AAAUUUAUGUGAAAUAAUUAUAAUUAAAACACUCACUAGAUGGAUCUGUUUUCAUUUUAACUUUAACUGUUGUGAAAAAACAUCAAGCAGCAUAAAUUUACAGGCGCAAAGCCGAACUUUUAAAAAGUUUAUUUAUAUUAUUACAAAAUGUUGAUAUACGAUGUUUCGGAUAAAGAAAAAGUGAUAAACUCAGUUACAAAUCAAUUACGUAAUUUAGGAAUAAAAUCACGUAUUAAAAGACACGUGAAAAAAGUUGAUAGCGAUGAUAAACAGUGUGAAAAGUUGAAAAAAGUUUUCAAUGUGCCGUUGCUAAAUCAACCGUUGGAUGUUGUACAAUUGUCGUCUGGAGCAAUUGUACAAGUACCAAUAUUUGUAAAACAUGCUAUUGUUUUUAUUGAAAAACAUAUUAGACAGGAAGGUUUAUUUAGAAAAGCCGGCUCUCAAGCACGACAAAAAGAGCUAAUAAAUCGGCUAGAUAAUGGCAAUGAAUUAGGAGAAAAAUAUCAUCCACUUGACGUUGCUAAUUGUUUGAAAAAAUAUUUUCGCGAUCUUCCGGAGCCAAUAAUACCAUAUGAUUACCAUGAAAUAUUUGUACGUUGUUUUAUGCUCAAAUGUUCCAAAGUUGAAGCAAUACUCAUGGCUUGUUUAUUAUUACCGGCACUUCAUUUAAAUACACUGGCAUUUUUUAUGGAUUUUUUGAAGAACGUAUCCCAGCAUGAGGGUGAUAACAAAAUGUCUAGUGAUAAUUUAGCUAAAGUUAUUGGACCUAACGUUAUGCCAUUACGCGAAACAACGAUCGCUGCUAUGCAAACAAGAUUGGAAGCACAUCUUUUUAUCGUCAAGGUUCUGAUCGAGAAUGCUCGUUGCAUAGGAGUUUUACCAAAAAAUUUAAUUGAUGAGCAAAAAGAAGCUUACUGUAUGGAUAUUGACAUUGAUCGUGGUAUUGAAGAUCGUUUAAAAGAAAAAAAGAAGAAACAUCGGAGCGGAAGUCUUACUCGAAUGUUUAAUGGACUUAAAAAAAUUGUUGGCAAAAAUGGAUCACCUGAGCCUGUUCCAUUGAAUGGUAGUCAUUCAAAACUUUUGACUUAUGAAUCAUCUCAAGUUUCACCUAGUAAAGCUGCCAAAAAACGACGAAAUGGCGAUGGAGUAUCUGCGCAAGCAGUGAGUUCCAAAAAGAAACGGAAUUCAUUAGACAGUGAUUUAAGAGCCACAGCUUCAAUUCCACAAGUGGUUAUUACUUCACCAAAGGAUGGAAAAUCAUCCGAUAAAUAUUCAGCCCACAAAUCAUCUAAAGUUCGUAAAUAUUUGUCUCACACUGUGCAUGCUGGACACAAUCAGAAACCAGAAAAGUCUAGAAAAUUGGGAAUAAGUUUGGAUCGUCUUGUUUCACGCAGUAAGCAAAAAAUAAAUGAACUUGAAGCAACAAAAGAAGAAGAUUAUCCUGAUUCUUCAGUUGAACGGCGUUGGAGUACAUCCAGUGAGGCCUCUUCAAAGAAGAGUCUCAAAAAACAACGAAUGCAGAAUUGGAGUGCUUCGUCAUUAAUGAACUCACCAUCAGUAGCGUCGAAGCAAAGAGAACGUUUUGUAAAAGCUACAGUGGGUGAUCAAUACGAAGAUGUAUUUAGAAACGCAGAUGUUAACUUAUCAGAUGACAAUGAAGAACGUGAUGACAUUAAUUCAACUAGUCAACGUCGUAAAUCACAACGUUUAUCAAGAAUAAACAAGAGUAAUCAUUUAUCUGAUGAUAAAGGUGACGAAUCAUCUGAAGAAUAUGUUAAAAUACCGAAAAGAGAAUAUGAAGAAAUUAAAAAUCGAGUAUCGGCUAUUGAAUCGCGUAUUUCCCAAGAAUUUGGUAUGGACGGUAUUAUUGACCACAGUGUAAGUAAAAAUAUAAAUAAAAAUUCUGUAAAUGAUGUGCAGAAUGAAUAUGAAAAAACACUUGAAGAGGCUGGUAUUGAAAAUAUUGUAUCAGCUGAUCAUUUAGCAAAACGUUUGUCCAAGGAAUUGAAAAUAAGAAGAAGUUCAGAACAUAAAGUCAUAAGGUCACCAAGUGCUCGAAGAAUAAGUAGCUUACGAAGACGUUCUCAAGAAAAACCCGUCUCUGGACGCCGGCGACAAAGUCAUAAUUCACCAUCUUGGCAAGUUUCUGAAAAAAAUCAAACAAAAAAUUUAACUACUGAAACAUCUGAGAACGAUAAUGAUGAUGCUACUUCAUUUUGCAGUGAUGAAACAAAUGCGCGGUUGAUGUAUCUGCAACAACAAUUAAGCACACUGAUUAGUCACACAGCAGAGCAUACUGGUGCUACUCUCAGUGACGAUGAGGCAGCAUUAAAUAUCAUCAAUAUGCCAAAGUCAUCUAUAAAUGGUGUACGUCGUGCUUCCUCAUUUCACGGCAAUGAACUUGUCAAUGAGACUCUUCAGUUCAACAGUCGGAUCGAUAAAUUUAAAAAGACUAAUAGCCAGCGAAAUAUGACAAACGACCAAGAGCAAAUUACGCAUUGCGGUGAUUCAAGAGUGCUCGAAAUAGUUACAGAGAAAAAAAUAUCUUGGAAAAAUGCGAGCGUUUAUUUUGAAUGUGAAACUCCGGCGAGAACUACUACUUCAGCGGUUCAAACUGCGCGAGCGUCUAUAGCAAAAUUACGUACUCAGAAUGCAGGAAUGGUGUUGGCCAAAGCAAGGUUAUUCGAUCUCAAUGAGAAUAAAAAUUCCCAGGAAUCUUUAAUGGAGCGACAAAAAAGGAAUAAUAAUAGACAGCACGAAUUAAAAGAAUCUAAAUCAUUGCCAGUAGAUAAUAAUAUACGUAAGAAAAAAAGCAAAAGCCCAAAGAUUGUUGGUUCUCGACCAAAAUUAUCUAAAUCUCCAAGUGAAAUAAUUGUCACACCAAACAGUAGUCGUCAGUCUUUUGAUAAACGUUCG